GCUAAAGCAACAACCUCUGUGUUUAACAGACUUUUUUUGAAAAACUACUAAAAUGAAAAUGACAAGUUUUAUCAUCUUUUUAAUUCUAAGUAAUUUGACAUCGUUGUUAUUGCUGAACUUCUUCCCAUUUUUUCAAACACGGAUGUUUCGAGGGAAAUACAAGAACAAGUCAGUUGGUAAUGAUUCCAAUCUGCUGUUUGGCAAAUAUUCUGGAGGAACACAAAGUCAGUUGGAAGAAACAUCUUUUAUUGAAGCAGCAGACCCAGUGAAUCAGCUCAGGAUAUAUGUAGAAAGACGGACCCGAGAUGCCUCCAAGUAUGAAGGACUGCCUAUAAAUCCACAGCCGUCAGUAGAGGAACCACAUAAAGAAAAGACUUAUGACGAAAAGGAGAUUGACUUAAUCACUAUGCGCAAGUGGCUGGAUAGCGGCAUUAUCACACUAUGGUACGAGCCUCAGAUAACAUUAGAGCUUGAAAAGGAAUACAAUCAAAUGGAGGCCGACCUGGGAAUGUUAAAGAAGUACAAAAGCCGAGAAGAGUACCUUGAGAAAUGUCCCAUGCGCUACAUGAAAUCUCCAAACCUGUUUGAAAUCUACGCUAGAGAAACGUUGAACCCAAUUAAAGAAUUUCAGCUCUACAUGGAAAAAGUCGAAAACAGCAGUACGUCUUUAAGAAAUGGAGCAGAAUCAAUCGCUUAUUUAAUUAUGGCUGUCCUUUUACAAGUGCUAUUUUAUCAUUAUUAGCCAUAUUUUGUUUUUUAAAUCUGCUUCCACUCUCUGUCCAUUGGGAAUAUCCUGUAAUACUUUUAUUUCUCUCUAUUUUCUAUCAAAAUAAAAGUGAAUUAUCUGCACAUGUGAUUCUUGUUUUACUGUAUGUGUUUGUAUUAAGAAAAAGUCUAUCCUUAUAAUUCUUUUUAUAUCCAGCAAUUGAUUUGUUAUGGGGAGGCCUAUUUACUAAUUAUACAAAACG